AUGCAGGUGUCUUUGAAGAACUUCAUCCUAAUGCCAUUCUUGAUCUGUUGUUUUGUUGAAUUGCAGGUAACCAGCCGAUGUGUUAAUCACCCUCACUACGUCAGCCAAUGGACAUCCGUGGAAGCGCAGAACAAAAAACAACCCAUUGCCCUGGAGCACGAAUGUGGGGACUUUCCUGCUAAGGUUGAAAUUCAGAUCCGCCCCACUACCGGUAACUGGACAAACUUCUACUUUCCGGGAAUUGCAUCUUCACAAAGAGAUGAUGAUUUGAAUAUAACGUAUGGUGGGAUUGCUUAUAAAUAUAAUAAGGACGAAAUCCGUUUAUUUAUACCAAGUGCAAAUGAUGGAUACCCAACAGGAACAAUAAUCUACACAGGGGGUUCUAUGUGGAGAGGCCCUGUGUCACAAAAUGAAAGACGAGCAGAGGUGCGUGCUCUGGUCUGGUGUCCAGAAAAUCUCCCAACGCCAAAGUAUGAAUCACAAUGGAUCCCACUCUAUAAUUCAGGCAUCGGAUCGUUCUUAGAGAUAUCUCAUAACCAAGGAAUGAUUCCUGAUUUAGUAACUCUUCAAAUUCGCCAGGAUGGUACUGAGUGGCUAACAGACGGAAUAGGUUCUAUGACUGCUCUGGGGCCUGACAACGAUACAUCAUGGGGAGGCGUGAUAUACGGCUAUAACAGAAGUCAUGUCAGAAUAUGGGCACCGUGUCGUAAAAAUGGUCAACUCUUCUCGGCUGAUGAUGGUUGGGGUUCCGCAAAAGAGUCAUGGUCACACGGUCGUGUUCGAAUUAAAGUAUGGAGAGUUACGAACACUCACUUUGUAACAGCUGAACUAAGUCAAGACCACCAUCCAGAUCUCUUAUUCCACACAGCAUAUGACCAAAGUAAAGAUUUACUUAUUGCUAAGGUUUGGGUGAAUACAGGAAACAAUGCCGGUUUUCUUUUCCCCAUCUCGGGAGCCGUCCAGAAUGAUCAGACUGUUUCUAACUUCGGUGGUAUUAUCUGUUCUGCGUCCAAUGCCACCAUGCGGAUUUGGACUCCAGUAUCUACCGGCCCUGGGUAUCUCCUUUACAUCAACCAAGACUGGGGAAAUUCAAUGUAUCCACAAUCCUCUAAGAAAGCGACACUUAUAGUUCAGAUUUGGCAGUCAUCAACAUGUGAGAAUCCAGCAACAGUUCCUCCGCAAUCCACUCCCUCAUUUUCCACCAGCCUACCGCAGCAGAAGUCUACCAAAUCAAACCAACAGCCACAGCCAGUAGAAACUUCUCAUAUAUUGUCAGGUGCAGCUCCAACUACUAAUUCUCAGCUACCAUCAAUUUCCACUAGCGUACUGCGUCAGAAUGGUACCGCAUCAAAACGACAUUCACAGUCAACAGAGACCUCUGAUUUAUCGCCAGCGCUGAUACCAGCUGUGGUGGGUGGAAGUUUAUUGUUACUAGUCAUUUCUGGGUUAGUCGUAGCCCGAAUUUUGUGGAAGAGACAGAAAAAGAACAGGGUUGAUGGAGAAACAAGACAGGAUUGAUGAAGGAUCGGUUGAUAUAUAUCUAUCUAUGACAUUAGUGCCAAAUUUUACUAUUGGAUUAAUAUGACUUGGAAUUUAGUGUCUUAAUUAUUAAAUAUUUAAUUCAGUUUUGAUAUUGCCUAUUAUAGCAUUUUAAAAGAUAUUGUUACUGUAAAUUCAGAUAUUUUCGUGGGGGUGAAUUUAUUGUUUUUUUAGAAAACGAAAAUAGUUCAUUUCGUGGUUAAGAGUUUCCAUUCUUAAUGGCAGUUCAUUUCCUAUUAUUUGUUAUUCACGGCUAUAUCCAUAUACAAAAAGGGCAAAAUUCAUAAAUCCAUCAAAAAAUCUGUUAGAAUUGCAGUAUAAUACUUAAAAUCAUAAAUUGACUUAUAUUCGCGUUUAAUUUUGAUUGAUAUUUAAUGAUGGCGUUGUUUAAGGUGUCAUAACGAUUACGAAGGACAUGUGUGUAUUGUCUGGAUUUGUUCACUUAAAUAAAAUUCGUGUACCAGG